CCCAGGUACCAGAGAGCACCUGCUGGACCCAAGACAGAAUACAAUAGUCCCAGAUUUUGGAACUGGAAGACAGACGUUCGAGACCAGCUCGGCUACUUCCAGCAGUGGAGCCUUGGGCAGGUGCCUCUCUGGGCCUUAGCUUACUCCCCUGUGCAAUGGGGAAAAUGGGGAUCUGUACCCCGCCAAGUCAUUUCGAGUGAGGACGGGAUGAUGACACAGUGGUAGUGACACGGCUUUGCCAAUCGCACCUUUAAUAAAGGACACCCAUUUCCAGGCCCGGCCGCGCCUGCGUGGGUGCACACAGGUGUAGGCCGCCCACGCGAGGAAGCGUCAGCAUGAACUGGUCGUUCCUUCAGGGCCUCCUGAGCGGGGUCAACAAGUACUCCACGGCCCUGGGCCGCAUCUGGCUGUCGGUGGUCUUCAUCUUCCGCGUGCUGGUGUACGUGGUGGCCGCGGAGGACGUGUGGGACGACGAGCAGAAGGACUUCGUCUGCAACACCCGCCAGCCGGGCUGCACCAACGUCUGCUAUGACGAGUUCUUCCCCGUGUCCCACGUGCGCCUCUGGGCCCUGCAGCUCAUCCUGGUCACGUGCCCCUCGCUGCUCGUGGUCAUGCACGUGGCCUACCGCGAGGAGCGGGAGCGCAGGCACCGCCUCAAGCACGGGCCCAACGCCGAGUCCCUGUACGACAACCCAAGCAAGAAGCGGGGCGGGCUCUGGUGGACGUACUUGCUGAGCCUGGUCUUCAAGGCCUCCGUGGACUCCGGCUUCCUCUACGUCUUCCACCGCCUCUACGAGGGUCACUACGACAUGCCCCGCGUGGUGGCCUGCUCCCAGUCGCCUUGCCCCCACACUGUGGACUGCUUCAUCUCCCGACCCACGGAGAAGACGAUCUUCACCUACUUCAUGGUGGCCAUAGCUGUGGUAUGCAUCCUGCUCAACCUCAGUGAGGUCGCCUACCUGGUGGGCAAGAGGUGCCUGGAGAUCCUGGGCCCCAGGCGCCGGCGGUCUCAGCACCAGGGUUGCCUGCCUGAGACGUGCCCACCCUAUGCCCUCUCCAAGGGAGAGCACCCUCAAAAUGGGAACUCUGUGCUAAUGAAGGCGAGCUCGGCUGCGGAGGACACAGGUGGGUAUCCAUGACCUGUGACGUUGGCAGCUGGGACCACCAGGUCCCCCACCUCCCUAAGGCAAUGGCAGUGCGGUGGCAUCUAUUCUGCAGCAGGGCAUGCGAGGAAGGUGCUUGUGGGACUCACAAAGCCUGCCCAGGCGCCAGUACUGGGGGCAGUUCUAUCUCUGGGUCCUGAGCCUCAGGAGAGGGAGGUUAAUGGCUGGUGGGGGGUUUAUGUAUGGUAAUUAUGUUUUAUAAUAUUAAGGUGAAAA